GGAAAGAGGCGGCUCCCUAGUCUCACUCGGCGGCCAUUUGCCUCCGCCCCUCGUCCCUUUCCUCGUCGCCACCGGGAUCUGAUCCCGCCAGAGCUGCUCCCAGCGCCGGCGGCCGGGUCGCGGUGGAGCGCCUUUGGAAGCGAAGGCGGCUGGCCCGGAACAAUGUUAAGUUUCUUUCGCCGAACACUUGGACGCAGGUCUAUGCAUAAGCAUGCUGAGAAAGAGCGGCUAAGAGAAGCUCAGCGAGCUGCAACUCACAUCCCUGCAGCUGGAGAUGAGAAAUCUAUAAUUACAUGCAGGGUCUCUUUGCUGGAUGGAACUGAUGUCAGUGUGGACUUACCGAAAAAAGCCAAAGGACAACAUCUGUUUGAGCAGAUAAUGUACCAUCUGGACCUUAUUGAAAAUGAUUACUUUGGUCUACGAUUCAUGGAUUCAGCACAAGUGGCUCAUUGGUUGGAUAACACAAAGAGUAUAAAAAAACAAGUUAAAAUUGGUCCACCGUACUGUCUUCAUCUUCGUGUAAAAUUUUAUUCUUCUGAACCAAACAACUUACGUGAAGAGCUCACAAGAUAUUUAUUUGUUCUUCAACUAAAGCAGGAUAUUUUGAGUGGCAAAUUGGAAUGUCCCUUUGAAACAGCAGUGCAAUUAGCAGCUUACAUGUUACAAGCUGAACUUGGGGAUUAUGAUCCUAUUGAGCACAUCCCAGACAUAGUGUCAGAAUUCAGAUUUGUGCCCAGUCAAAGUGAAGAGAUGGAACUGGCCAUUUUUGAAAAGUGGAAGGAAUACAGGGGUCAGUCACCAGCUCAGGCAGAAACAAACUAUUUGAACAAAGCAAAAUGGCUCGAAAUGUAUGGAGUAGACAUGCAUAUAGUAAAGGCAAGAGAUGGCAAUGAUUAUAGCCUUGGAUUAACACCGACAGGCGUCCUUGUAUUUGAAGGAGAUACCAAGAUUGGAUUGUUCUUUUGGCCAAAGAUUACUAGAUUGGACUUCAAAAAGAAUAAACUAACACUAGUGGUAGUUGAAGAUGAUGAACAGGGUAAAGAGCAGGAACACACUUUUGUCUUUAGGCUGGACCAUCCAAAGGCCUGCAAACAUUUGUGGAAGUGUGCCAUUGAGCAUCAUGCUUUCUUCCGCCUCCGUGGACCGGUUCAAAAAGGCUCCAGUCGAUCAAGCUUCAUUCGGCUGGGAUCCCGAUUCAGAUACAGUGGGAAAACAGAGUACCAAACUACAAAGACUAAUAAAGCCAGAAGAUCAGCAUCUUUUGAGAGAAGACCUAGUAAACGAUACUCAAGAAGGACACUACAAAUGAGAGCUAAUCCUCACGCAUCUGAUGGAAUUAGUCAUUCAGGCAACAUUUUCACUCAAAACAAUGGACCACAGCAAAAAUGGAGUGCAUUGUCCUCUGUAGCAGCAGUUCCUUCUGGUUCAGUUUUAGUUGAAAUAGAAAAUCUUCCCCGGAAUUCUGGAACAAGCCAACAGGAUAAGAAAUGCCUAUGCAGCGUGCCUCUGACUGCUGAUUUGCUUGAUCACAAAGAAAUGUUGGACCCUUGUACUGACAGUGCUGCUGGUUUUCCUCCUGCUGGAGGAUCAGGUGAAACAUUGGAAGGGGCAGAUGAUACAAAGGAACAGCCCUCUGAGAAAAUAAAUCUUGUUGUUGAUGAACCAUCCCUGAAACUGAAAGACCUGGAAGCCGAGUUCACUCCCGUAUUGGUUUCCCAGUCCAAUAUAAACAUAAAUGUCAGCAAGCAGGAGGAAGUUGUGAAAUUGACAGAUAAAUGCCUGAACAAUGUAAUUGAGAGCCCUGUGAACACCUCUAUGAGGUCGCCUCCGGACAUUAAAAGUAAUAUUUUGAAGGCCCAGGUGGAGGCAGGGCACAAAGUAGUGAGAGAGGGAAAUGUAUCUUGCAGUAAGAACAACAAUGUUCAAGAAACAGCUGGAAGAAGCGUUCUUCCAUCAGGAAAGGAGAAAAACAGCCCCCUGAGAACCCUCAGUCCUGUAUGCCAGGAACCACGAGAGGGACUAAAAGUGAUCCCAGUCACCAAUGCUUUCAUUCUGAAUGAAUUCAAGGAGAAUACUACUGCCCCUGACUCCAACGAUUGUGCGAAUCCUACUGAUCUGGCUCCUAGAGUAGAGGAUGUUCUUAUAAAGAGCUCCUCCGAGAGCAUGGAGAUUUUGUUGACAUCACAGACGAAGAAUUUAAUUGACUUCACAGAAGCCACGCCUCAGGUAUCUUCACCAAUAAUUGCGCCCAGGUGGCUGGUGCCAAGUGGACUGACUUCAAAUGGACCUCUGGGGAACGAUGUUGCCUUAUCUCUUAAGACAACUAAAACAAACACUGAAGCCCCAUUGGUUACUGACUCAUCACCUCCAUUGUACCCCUCUGAAAUCACACCCAGUCCGGUUACUGAAGAUACUACACAGCAGAAAUGUUUACUCACCACUGAACUCUGAGCUUCAACAAAUCUCAUUUCCUAGUAUAUUUAGUGAGCCGCUGCAAAGGACUUACCUGAAAUUAAGCCAUGUUCAUGCCAUGGUUAACAAAGAAUGGUUGCUUUACAGUAAAUCCUUCAACUGGAACUAAGAGUGUGAUUAUAGCACACAGAGCUGCUGGGAAACCUGAGUAUCUUUUGCAAAAUAUAUGGGAACAAAUUCUGAGAUGUCAUGAAAUCCACAGGGUUUUCAUCUACCAUAAUGCUUUUGCUAGAGAAUUCCUUGCUGUUUUAUAGGUGUAAAUGAAAAUGCUCACAGGGAUAAGCUGUUUUUUUUCUCACUUAAACCCAAUAAUGGGGAAGCUGGUGGUGACUGUAAAAGAAAAUGGCAUUUUACAGUACUUUUUUGUGGCUAUCUCUUUUUAUCUUCUUCUGUAUUAUCUAGCAAACGUUCUUGACUUUAAUCUUAAGAGUCUACACUUUUGCUAACAAUAUAUGGAAGUGAAAAUGUAGCACCUUGAUUGCAAUUUAUUCUGCUGGCAAAUGCUCUCACGAGGAAAGAAACAAUGUUUUAUUAAACAUGUCAAGGCUACUAUUAGCCUUGGAUGAAAGACUUUCACAUUUUGUUCCAUUCAGUCACUAAAAUAUUUGCAGGGUGUAGAGAGCACAUCUAGUAUGGAGUCCUUGGUGCUCUCUGAGCUUGGUUGUUUUCUUGCAGACAUUUGUUCUCUUGCCCUGUCGGUGUUGGUGGGACUGGUCUUUGUGGUUUCUUGAUUAGGCUGUUGUUUGCUAUUAGCUUGUUUCUCUGAGGUGGUAGUUCCUGGACUGGGGUUUUUCUUUAUUUCUUCAUUGUUAGUCUGGUGUUAAUUUCUGAUCAUCUGUGUAUUAAUUGCUGGCGAGGAGCUGUUUUAGUCUUUAGGUUUCUUUUUUUGACUUUUUGAUUGUCUUUUUUGGCAGGAUAAGACCCUAAUAAAUAAAAAGAGAGCAAAACCUUCUGCUUUCUAGCACUGAUGUGGUUAUCUAGUUUGGUAAUGAAAUGUCUGCAAGAAAACAACCAAGCUCAGAGAAGCACCAAGGAACCCACCAUUCACCCCACCGCUCAGCCCUGAGCUACAGAUAUUCUUCUCUUCUAUCAGUGAACCUAGUUUCUGCCAGAUUAGCUGGAAGGGCUAGUCUUCUUCGGGCUUUCCACUAGCUAUUUUUUGGACAGUUCUAAGGUUUGUGCAGAAAUAAUCUGAGGCUUUCAAAAUGUGUACAGUUAGAAUUUACUGUCUUUUUUGUGUGCUCCAUUCUGUACCUUUCCUCAAGUCUACAAUAAUCUUGUAGUUCGAAUGUUUUUUGUGCAUGACUGGAAAAUUAAAAUUCAAAAUAUACUAACAUUGUGCUAACUUUCCUAUGUUAGACAAGUAGCUAUUUAUACAUCGGAUUCCUUCCUUUUUGCCCACUAAACUGCUGAUUGAACAAGUUUGAACUAAACCUAUAUUCUGUUACAAACUCAGGAGGAAAAAACUUAAGUGAAUCCUGAGUUUAAUUUAUGCUUGGAAUUUUUGAAAACAGAAAACAAAAAGUACUCUUGGGCUUGGGCAGAAGAUUUAUUCCUAUGGGUCAGCUAUCAAACUCAUCCUGCAUCUUCUGUCCCUUUUCAAACUAAGCAAGAAAAUUGUACAACAUCUUAAUUCUGUUUCUUCCAAAACGGCUCUGCUUGCUGUGCAUUAAGCUAUUUCUCCAUCUGUUUCUGAUGGAAAACCUGUCAGAAUUUAAGCAAGAAAGCAAAGAAACCUGAGUGCAUGAAUUUUUUGGAUGAGCUGUGAAAGGAAAAGCAAAAGGCCUCCGUCAAAAGCUUCUUUCAUAGUGGAAGUGAUGUUAAAAAUGCAAACAGAGUGUACAUCACUUCACUAUACAUACUCUCUUUCACAGCUGGUUGCCGCUUGUGAAAUAACACAAGCUACUUUGCUUUGAUCUGCAAUACUGUUUUAAGCAAUUGCUCCAUAAAAUAUAAUGGUAACCAGAGUGGGGGAGAGGGAGGGGAUACUGAGGCAAAUAAUUUAGUAUCAAUAACCAUAGGACAUAUCCUGAUUUCCAGAACUCAGGAGGCAUGGCUUUUGAAAUAGCUUAGGUAACAUUUAAUUGGCUAUUGAUUUCUCAGACAUUUCCCUGAGCCAAGGUAAACCCAAUGCUCUUAUGAACCUUGCCAAUAUUUUUACAAGGGAUGAGAAUAUUUAGGAUGACACUUAGCUCCUGAUGUAGAGAUGAAUAGAGGUUGGAGAACAUGGUACUGUUUGACUAUUAUGCAGAAAGUUAGCUUUGCUAUCUUGAAUUGUCUGGAUAAUCCUAACCACUUGCUGUAUGCUGACCUUUUCUUAAAUAAUAAUAAUAAUAAUCCAACAGCUGUUGUCAUUUUAUUUUACUGACCUAUUUUACCACAGCUGUGACAAAAACGAAAGAAAUUAAGUUGGGAAUUGCUCUUACAUUACAGUAUCACUGCCUUGUUUGGCAAUAUAUUUACUGACUUGAUCCUUACUCAUUUAACUGACAGAAUUUUCCAAAACACAUAACCUAUUUUCAUUUUUUUUUUUUUUUUAAAAAAAAAAGGAAACUGUAAUGUGGUAUGGAAAACGGAAUACUAUUAUUAUUGGCACCACAUUUAUCUGUGGGUAAAGUCUUCUUGGCAGAUAUGUACAAAGACAUGAAAUUACAGCUAUCACACAAAGAACUAAAAGCCUUUCAUCAAUAGAGCACCCUCCACUGCAGGCUUCAGGUCUCUAAUGGGGCAUCUGGAAACUGCCUUAGCAUCUCUUGUGAUUGAUUAAAAUGGACCAAAACAGCAGAUUCUUUUGCUUUGACUAAUGAAUGCAAAAUUGCAAUUUGCGUUUAUUUACUGUUCACUCUCAAGCUGUCCACAGAUGCUUAAGUUAGUUUGUAUUUUUAACAACAAUCCUGUUUGACUCCUAAAGCCUUUCUUCCAGCUUACAGUAAGGUAAUUAUGAAGUUAUUCCUACGAAUACAAUUUGCCUGCAACAUGCAUAAAGCCGAAAGUCAUUCAGAUUUGUCUGUAUUUCUUCACAUGUCACACGUUACAGUACUUGUGUCUCUGGAAAAAGAUGCCUCAAGUGGAACACACCUUGUUGUUCCACCUUGUUGCUCCAUAACUAAAGUUUCUGUGAUUAUUGAGGCGGAACAGUUUGACUUCUCUUAUUAACGCUAAUCAUUAACAUUCCUCUUGGAGCAAAAUGGUCACCCAUUCUCUGUGAAACAGAAUGCAUGUGGAGUGACUACAGAGCAUUCUGCCAUAACAUUCCUAAUGUGAUUAAUGUUUUGAUUACAGAUUCCUUUGUUUUCACAUGUUCUCCCUUAAUUGGACAAACUUACUAUGAAGUAUGUAAGAACUACUAUUUUGAUUUUUUUAAAGAAAAAACUCAGACUAACAACUGUAUUUGUAUCUUUUUAAAUGAUGUAGUUGCUCAAAGUAUAACUUAUUUUUUUAAGUAUUUGUGCGUGCGUGUGUGUGUGUGUAAUAAGUAAUGCCAGAUGUAAAAAUUAUGCUAGAAUGAUUGCGCUAAACACUGUAUAAGGGAACAACAACUGUGAUUUGUAGACCACUUGGAAUCAGUCGGAAAGUUGUAGCUUAUUUCUAAAUACAACACAAUUGUACAAAA